CAGCUUUUCUUUAUUCCCUCGCGAGAGUGAACAUAAUCGAUUUUCCUCAACGAUGAAACAUUCGCACUUUUCCAUAAAUCGCUAACAAAUGCAACGAUGACAUCUGAAAGUUGUGCCCUGGAUGUCGCUAGCAAUAGCACCGGUCAAGGAGUAUCAUCGAUAAUCGGUCCGCUAAACUUUACCAAGGAUGAGAGCUGUAAUCCUCCACCGUCUCGUUUGGCGGACGACACAUCCGUCGACUGUAUGUUCUGCGACAAUGUGUACAACUUUAGGCAGGGAGAUGCCAGAGAUCAGUAUCUGGCCCAUCUGUACAUGAUCCAUCGGUUGGUAAUUGCGGAUAUCGGUCAAGUGGAAUGUUUGGCCAGCUACAGUCGCUUCUGGAAGGAGCAGUUCCGGGAUCAUCCAGUUGAAAAAUACUGCUCUGCUUUACUGUUGAAUCAUCUUCCGGACGGGACACCAGCUAGCAAUGAAAAGUACUUUAUGCUAAGUGAUAUUGAACCGCUGGAUUAUGAACUGAGACAACGUUUAAAGCGAGAGAUGAUGGAGUUGGUUCUGGCGAGACAUCAGUUUGAAAGAACAGAUGGCAAUUUUAAUCGAGGCUGUUUGUAUUGCCGUGAUUUGCAUGCGGAAACGAGGGCAGAAUUCCUGGAACAUCUUUACACGAAACAUUUCCUUUUGCUGGGUAAAGCGGAGAACCUAGUAUUUGUAGAUGAGCUGAUCGAUACAGUACAAGAAAAAAUGGAAAACAUGAUUUGCCUGUUCUGUGAAAAGGUCUUCAAGGAUCGACCGACGCUCAAAGAGCACAUGAGAAAGAAAGGUCACAAAAGGAUAAAUCCGGAUAAUAAGUUCUACGACCGGUUCUUUUUAGUCAACUACAAAAACGAUCGCCUAAACAAGCCUACAAAAACGAUCGCCAAGCAACCGGUUCCGGUAGAAGCUCGCGCUAGAGAAAGUUCCCCGUUUCAUUCUGAGGAUUCGAAUUCGGACUGGUCCGACUGGUAUGGAGAGGAGCAGCCAACGACGUGCCUCUUUUGCUCGAUUGCGAAACCAAAAAUAGACGAUUUGAAGCAGCACAUGAAAACGGAACAUAGCUUUGAUUUCGAUGCGCAGGUUAUCGGUCUGACGUUUUACCAACGUGUGAAAAUUGUGAACUAUAUUCGCCGCCAAAUACAUGUCUUGAAAUGUGUCCUUUGCCGCGAGGAGUUCACAUCGAAGGAAAAACUGCAGUCUCAUUUGCAGGACGCUGGACAUUACUCCAUCGGAGAGCAACAGUUUUGGGAUCAACCAGAAUUUUUCUUUCCUACGUACGAAGAUGACCAAUUUCUUUGCCAUCUGGAGGACGACAGUCCGGAUCAGUCGGACGACAGCUCGGUGGUCAUUUCGGAGAGGGUCAAAGCGAACGUCUGCACCGAAGCCGAGUCGUUAUCACUUGAAAAUUUUAGGCUAGAAUAAUGUUAAGCUUUGUGAUUGAAAUCAUAAAUUGGAUAUAUGAGAAGCUUUAUUCACGAAAAUUGUCUUGAAAAAAUAGUAGGUAUCUAAUUAAAAAAAUAAAUAUUCAAAUUA